CCAUCCCGCCCUGGUGUCUCCCCUUCCCUACCCAAGCUCCCUCCUCACUCCACAGCCCAGGACAGUGACUGCUCUGGGGAGGACAGCAGAGGAGCUGCAGGAUGGACAAGAAAAGCAAAAUGCAGGCAGAGAAGCACCUCACAGGAACGCUGGUCCUUUCCGUCUUCACCGCGGUGUUGGGCUUCUUCCAGUAUGGCUACAGCCUGGGUGUCAUUAAUGCCCCCCAGAAGGUGAUAGAAGCCCACUAUGGGCGCGUGCUGGGCAUCGCUCCCCCGGACAGACAUGCCACCAAUGGCUCCGGGGAGGAUGGCACUGUCCCUGUCCCUGUCACGGAGCCCUGGGGCAGCACUGAGGGCACGUCUGUGCCACUGGCUGACACUAGCGAGGACCCUGCCAGCUCCCCGCACAUCCUCACCAUGUACUGGUCCCUCUCGGUCUCUGUGUUCGCCAUCGGUGGUAUGAUCUCCUCCUUCACCGUGGGGUGGAUCGGCGACCGGCUGGGGAGAGUGAAAGCCAUGCUGGUGGUGAACGUCCUCUCCAUCGCCGGGAACCUCCUCAUGGGACUGGCAAAAUUCGGGCCAUCUCACAUGCUCAUCAUCGCCGGGAGAGCUGUCACAGGGCUGUACUGUGGGCUCUCCUCUGGACUCGUGCCCAUGUAUGUCAGUGAGGUCUCUCCCACGGCCCUUCGAGGAGCGCUGGGGACGUUGCACCAGCUUGCCAUUGUCACGGGUAUCCUCAUCAGCCAGGUCCUUGGACUGGACUUUCUCCUGGGUAAUGACGAGAUGUGGCCCUUACUCCUGGGUCUGUCUGGUGUGGCUGCACUCCUGCAGUUCUUCCUGCUCUUACUGUGUCCCGAGAGCCCUCGAUACCUUUACAUCAAACUGGGGAAGGUGGAAGAAGCUAAAAAAAGUUUGAAAAGGCUCAGAGGAAACUGUGACCCGAUGAAAGAGAUUGCUGAGAUGGAAAAGGAAAAACAAGAAGCCGCUAGUGAAAAGAAAGUCUCCAUAAGGCAGCUCUUCACCUCUUCCAAGUACAAGCAGGCUGUCAUUGUGGCACUGAUGGUGCAGAUAUCUCAGCAGUUCUCAGGAAUCAACGCAAUCUUUUACUACUCUACAAACAUUUUCGAGAGAGCUGGAGUUGACCAACCAGUUUACGCAACCAUUGGCGUUGGAGUGGUGAACACAGUCUUCACUGUUAUCUCUGUUUUCCUGGUGGAGAAGGCAGGCAGGAGGUCCCUGUUCCUGGCUGGUUUGAUGGGCAUGUUAAUAAGUGCCGUGGCCAUGACAGUUGGACUUGUGCUCCUGAGCCAGUUUGCCUGGAUGAGCUAUGUCAGCAUGGUCGCCAUCUUCCUCUUCGUCAUCUUCUUCGAAGUCGGGCCCGGGCCCAUCCCCUGGUUUAUCGUGGCCGAACUGUUCAGCCAAGGCCCGCGCCCUGCCGCCAUCGCUGUUGCUGGCUUCUGCAACUGGGCCUGCAACUUCAUCGUGGGAAUGUGCUUCCAGUACAUAGCGGAUCUGUGUGGAUCAUAUGUGUUCGUGAUCUUCGCGGCUCUGCUUCUAGCCUUCUUUCUGUUCGCCUACUUCAAAGUCCCGGAGACAAAGGGCAAGUCCUUUGAGGAGAUCGCAGCUGUGUUCCGCCGCAAGAAGCUCCCAGCCAAAGCCAUGACUGAGCUGGAAGACCUGCGAGGAAGCACGGAGGCAUAGACACCACCACGCACCCAGAAAGCGGGGACUGAGCAUGGACAUCCUUCAGGCACUGUGGGAAGAAGAAUGUUAGGCAAAAGUCUCAUUUCACAAAAACCUUGCAGCUGGCAGACCCGGAGGACCCGUCCAUCGGAUGCCUUCUGGCUGCUGUGGCUCACACCUCCAAGACGCAGGUGCUAACCUAGCAUUUUACUCUGAAAUACUUGGUACAGCUGGUCUGCAGGAAGAGCUAGGGAAAAGACGGGAGGAAUAUCUGACACGUCUCCAUGCCCUGCUGGAAGAGCCCGGUGGGAUGAUGAUCUUUCCAGUUGGCAGAGCAAAACAUUGAGCAGGGUCAUCACUCAGCUGGAAUGAAGGAAAGGGGGGGUCAGCUGAUGCUGUAGCCUCAAGUUUUCACCUUUUUAUCCCAUGCUCACUGCUUCCUUCUGCUGAGUGAUCUGAUGCCUUGAGAAACCAAGUGCUAGUGCAGUUGUGCCACCAGCACACAGCUUGUAGUGCCUAAGGUGUGAAGGAAAACAGCCUAAGCAAACUGCCUGUGCAGAGGGAGAAGGUGGAUCCCACCUGAAUCGGUUGUGAUGCACUUCACUUCUGUGCAUAAUGGAAAUCCUGCCCAACUCAUAACGAUUUCUCAAAGCACAACAUUUUUUUAAGAGAAACUUAGAAACCCUGGCUGGGCUGAUAUACAUUUCUUUUUCAUUUUGUUUCAGCCAAUUUACCUCCUCUUCCCUCCUCAGAAGCCUCUCCUCCCUCCCUUAUCCCUGCUGCAGCACAAGACACAGCACAUCAUUGGCCACACAAUGGGCCCAGGCACUCCUGGAGACGAGAGUUCUGCUGCCAUCUCUCCCAUGGUGUGACCAUCGCCAGGUCACCUCCCCUCGCUGCUCCUCCUUCCUCUCCCUUUGUACCAUGCUUAGACGUCCAGGUUCCAGCUUCAGCCGUGGCCUCGGGCUGCCCAUACUGUAACAAUUAAUGACAACCCCGGGGGAAAUGGGAAUUGCACUGUUAACUGGAAGGUGCCCCACUGAUCUGAUCCCUGCUUUGCACCACUGAGUUUUGCUGGCUGGGUGUGCUUCAGCCAAGACAGCGUGCAAGCAGGAGGUUGUGUUGUUUCUAUAGCCUUGUUUGUGUUCAGUUUUGCUUCUUUUUGAGGUAGUUUAAUGUGACAAAAUCAAACUGCAAGGAUUUAUCUUCCUUUGUUGGGGGAUACAUUGGAAUAAUUGUAAAAGUCUGCUCUCUGUUUGACUUUUAAGAUUUGCAUGUUCCUUUUUGUGAUACCAGGUUACUUUCUAGCAACUUUCUCAGGACACAAACCCAUUAUUUAUCUGGAGAUGAAACACCAGCACUGCUCAGUCACUGCUAGGUCAUCAGGACUGCCAGUACAGCAGUGACCACAACAUAACAGAGGAUCAAGGAUAAUGAAAAGCAUGACAAUAGAUGGGCCAAGGAGGAUCACAGGCUGCUGCUGUGGGUUUGGUUUUAGGGAAGGUUCAUGCUACUUUCCAUGUACCUGAACUUCUUUCCUUUGUGGACUUUACUCUCUUGAUAUUAAGACCCUAAAGCAAAUUCUGGUCCCUUCCAAGUGCCUGGAAGUGUCGCUAUGAGGUCCGCUGUAACAAGCAUCUGGCCCCAGCAUGUGCACUGAGGCAAUAAGAUUGUGCCAAAGGCUUUCCUGGAGUGACUGCUGGGAUUUAACCCAAGAACAACUGGGUCGAUGCUGUCAUGUGCUACAGUGGUGGGGGACCUUGGACUGUCAUGAGGCAUGCAGGGCGUGUGAGAACCAGGACCAAGAAGAGUGCAGCAGAGCUGGGAUGCUGCAAAUGGGUCUCCCCAGGUGAGGCUAGCUGAGACAGCAGGCUCUGAGGCUCUCCGUGGUGUCUACUGUAGGCAGUUAAAUAUUAAAAUGGAUUCUCUGAAUGUUAAAAAAAAAAGGAAAAAAAAAAGACAGAUGGGUUCUUGCUUUCAGCAAUGUUAUCUACGUCUGUUACAUAAAAGUGACAAUGAACAACACCUAUGGCAUGU